GCGGGGACCCGGCGGCGGCCUGGGACGCAGGGAGGGGACCCGCGCUGACACCGAGGGAGGGGCCGCGCCGCCUUCGAGAGUCAUUGGAGGACGCGGCCGCCCGAAGCUGAUAAAUCAGGGGCCGGGUCGCGGCUGCUGGCCAAGGUGGACGCCCCAACCGGUGCGAGGGCCAGGUCAGCGCCGGCCCGGCGAGGCGAAGCGAGGCUACACGCGUGCGGCCAUGGCCUCGCUGCUGGGAGCCUACCCAUGGCCCGAGGGGCUCGAGUGCCCGGCCCUGGACGCCGAGCUGUCGGAUGCGCCGUCGCCACCAGCCGCCCCUCGGCCCCCGGGGGACAAGGGCUCCGAGAGCCGUAUCCGGCGGCCCAUGAACGCCUUCAUGGUUUGGGCCAAGGACGAGAGAAAACGGCUGGCGGUGCAGAACCCGGACCUGCACAACGCGGAGCUCAGCAAGAUGCUGGGAAAGUCAUGGAAGGCGCUGACGCUGUCCCAGAAGAGGCCGUACGUGGAUGAGGCGGAGCGGCUGCGCCUGCAGCAUAUGCAGGACUACCCCAACUACAAGUACCGGCCGCGCAGGAAGAAGCAGGCCAAGCGGCUGUGCAAGCGCGUGGACACCGGCUUCCUCCUGAGCUCGCUCUCGCGAGACCAGAACGUCCUGCCCGAGAAGAGGAGCGGCAGCCGGGGGUCGCUGGGGGAGAAAGAGGACAGGGGUGAGUACUCCCCCAGCACCGCGCUGCCCAGCCUCCGCGGCUGCUACCACGAGGGGCCGGCUGGUGGCGGCGGCACCCCGAGUAGUGUGGACACGUACCCCUACGGGCUGCCCACACCCCCUGAAAUGUCUCCCCUGGACGUACUGGAGCCGGAGCAGACCUUCUUCUCCUCCCCCUGCCAGGAGGAGCACGGCCACCCCCGCCGCAUCCCCCACCUUCCAGGGCCCCCUUACUCACCGGAAUACGCCCCCAGCCCCCUCCACUGUAGCCACCCCCUGGGCUCCCUAGCCCUUGGCCAGUCCCCCAGCGUCUCCAUGAUGUCCCCUGUAUCCGGCUGUCCCCCCUCUCCUGCCUAUUACUCCCCAGCCACCUACCACCCUCUCCACUCCAACCUCCAAGCCCCCCUGGGCCAGCUCUCCCCGCCUCCCGAACACCCUGGCUUCGACGCCCUGGAUCAGCUGAGCCAGGUGGAACUCCUGGGGGACAUGGAUCGCAAUGAAUUCGACCAGUAUUUGAACACUCCUGGCCACCCAGACUCCGCCCCGGGGGCUGUGGCCCUCAGUGGCCAUGUGCCGGCCUCCCAGAUGACAUCAACGGGCCCCACAGAGACCAGUCUCAUCUCCGUCCUGGCUGAUGCUACGGCCACAUACUACAACAGCUACAGUGUGUCGUAGAGCUGGAGGUGCCACGUCCAUCCAGCCCUCGUGCCCUCUCUUUCCUGUGCCCUGAGUGGUGCGGGAGCCGGGCAGCCACAGCAGCUUUUCUCCCACUGCUCAGGGCAGGGAGGUCUGAACUGCGGCCCCAGAGCCUUUAGCCUAAGCUGGACUCUCCUUAUCCUUCUGUCCCCUUCAUCACCUUCCCCACAUCCCAGCCCCUGCAGCCCGUAUUUUGAGUAUACUGAGUAUAUUCCUUCAAGGGAGUUUUCCUCCAGCCCCUGAGAGUUGCUGCCUCCCGGUAGAAUGUUCACGGACCUCUUUUUUUUUUUUUUUUUUUGUAACCUUCAUCGAAACACGUGGUGGGACAGACUUGAUAGCCAAGGCCCCUUCUGCUCCACGCUUUUCUGAUUUAGGGUUCUCUCAAGGUUAAUAAAGGAAGACGGGGAAAUCUGACUCAUUAGUGAGCUCACUAACUUAGGAUCUGGUGAUAAUUUUGUGUGUACAGCCCGGGGACCACGAGGCUUUCUGCACUUCCUGUGCCCCCUUCCAAAAUGACCACAGAAUGCCAAAGGGACUCAUCCAUUUUGAGAAAAAAGAGUCAACCUGAUUUGAGAAAUUAACCGGUAUGGCUAAUUCUAUCACAGAAAAUGGAAUUGACUUAAAACUUUUAUUUUAAAUAUACAUUUUAAAGCAGUUUAUUAUUAUUAUCAUAUACACUCUUCAAGAGAAUAUGUACAAUCUAGGCUGGGCAUGGUGGCUCGUGCCUGUAAUCCUACAACUUUGGGAGGCCGAGGUGGGUGGAUCACCUGAGGUCAGAAGUUCUAGACCAGCCUAGACAACAUGGUGAAACCCUGUCUCUACUAAAAAUACUGAAUUAGCUGGGCGUAGUGGUACAUGCCUGUAAUCCCAGCUACUUGGGAGGCUGAGGCAGGAGAAUCUCUUGAACCUGGGAGGCGGAGGUUGCAGCGAGCCACGAUUGCACCAUUGCACUCCAGCCCGGGCAACAAGAGUGAAACUCCAACUCAGAAAUAAAAAAGAAAAGAAAAGAAAGAAUAUGCACAGUCGGAAUAUAUACAAUGAGUUUGAGAGACACAGGCCCACUUCAUACAACCCUUAAACUCAAAGUCUAAAUAAAUCAGAUGUUUUUAUUAACAAUGACAACUUCUUGCCAACUCCCUGUUCCUAAUGACCCAAAGAGCCAGGGUACCUAGAAGGACUUUGCAACCAAGCAAAGUCACUGCCUUCAAAUCUGGAUACACACUUUCCCCUCUGUAGAUUCAAGAGGUGCGUCCUUCCCGGCUGUCUCCAGCUUCCUUACUCUCUUUUCCGGGGUUUCUUUUUCUCUUCUUCCUGCUCUUCCUCCACUGCUGAACUUAGACCCUAACUCAAACAGCCCCUGACUUAAAAACCCAAGCAUGCUUCCUCUAACUGCAAUGAGAAUUUGUGUUCCUCGCCGGUCAGGUCCUCAGCCAAAGUCCUCAGCCAGUGCUUUAGAGCAACUUCGCCCAAAUCAGAAACUCACUGUGAUUCCAAAAACGUUUCUGAGCCCUGGACCCCUGCCGCCAAAACAUUUUCAUGUUCCCCCAAACCCCCUUUGAAGGGGCAUGCAUAACAGUGUGCUGAAAGACAGUUGUUUGGUUUUUUAUUUUAGCAUAUUAUUUCUUGUAUGAAAUACGUUUUAUAUAAUCUCCUAUUAUUUUUACCUUGUUUUCUAUUGUUGAUAAAUCCUUUUUGUCCUUCCAAGACGUCCUAUUGUGAAAUCACUUAUAAGAUAUGAUUACUCUUUAUGCUAUUACUGUAUAUGCCAUUUGGUAAUAAAUAGUACAUUGUUGAUGAUAUGAUUGACUGGUGUGCAGUCCAGAGCGUGUGUUAAUAGUCUCAUAAAACAGUAUCACAGACAUUAAGCUAAACUGUUCCAUUUUUUUGAAAAAAUGACACAUACUGUGGAACAGUUGUCAAAUAUUAAUUUGUUGAAAAUAUUUAAUUUAAAUAAACGUUUUUGUACCAUG